GGAUUUGCAGAGACCAGAGCGACAGAGACAAGGGAGGAGCAGCCACACUAGGGGCCACAGGAGGGCUCUCAGUGGCGUCCAUGGCUGGCCUGGACCCCACCUUGAGCACAAGUCACCCAUUCUAUGAUGUGGCCAGACACGGCAUCCUGCAGGUGGCAGGGGAUGACUGCCAGGGGAGACGCAUCUUCACUUUCAGUUGCUGCCGGCUGCCACCCUUGCAUCAGCUCAACCACCAGCGUCUGCUCGAGUAUCUGAAGUACACACUGGACCAGCAUGUGGAGAAUGACUAUACUAUCGUCUACUUUCACUACGGCCUCAGUAGCCAGAACAAACCAUCCCUAGGCUGGCUCCAGAAUGCUUACAAGGAGUUUGACCGGAAGUACAAGAAGAACCUGAAGGCACUGUAUGUUGUGCAUCCCACGAGCCUCAUCAAAGCACUGUGGAGCAUCUUCAAGCCCCUCAUCAGUCACAAGUUUGGGAAAAAAGUCACCUACUGCAGCAACCUGCGUGAGCUCCGUGAACAUCUUCAGUGCGACCAGCUGCUCAUCCCCCCAGAAGUAGUGCGGUAUGACGAGAAGCUGCAAAACCUGCACAAAGGCCAGCCACCCCCGCCCACCAAGACACCACCACCUCGGCCGCCCCUGCCCACCCAGCAGUUUGGUGUCAGCCUGCAAUACCUCAGAGACAAAAAUCAAGGUGAACUCAUCCCUCCUGUGCUGCGUUGGACAGUGACAUAUCUGAGAGAAAAAGGACUGCGCACUGAGGGCCUGUUCCGGAGAUCAGCCAGCGCCGAGACUGUCCGCCAGGUGCAGCGGCUCUAUGAUCAAGGGAAGCCUGUGAACUUUGAUGAGUACGGAGACAUGCACCUCCCAGCCGUGAUCCUCAAGACAUUUCUUCGAGAGCUGCCCCAGCCGCUACUGACCUUCCAAGCCUACGAGCAGAUUCUCGGGAUCACCAGUGUGGAGAGCAGCCUGCGGGUGACCCACUGCCGCCUGAUCCUGCGGAGCCUCCCAGAACACAACUAUGCCGUCCUCCGCUACCUCAUGGGCUUCCUGCAUGAGGUAUCUCUGGAGAGCAUUUCAAACAAGAUGAACAGCUCUAACCUGGCGUGUGUGUUUGGGCUGAACUUGAUCUGGCCGUCUCAGGGGGUGGCUUCCCUGAGUGCCCUGGUACCUCUGAACUUGUUCACAGAACUGCUGAUAGAGUACUGUGACAAAGUCUUCAGUGCCCAGGAACCCCCUGGGGAGCACACCCGGGACACUGUGGAAAUGCAACAGGCUGGCCCUGUUCCCAAAGAAUCCACGAAGACAGGUACUCCCCGGGCCUCACCAUACCUGUCACGCCUCCGUAUCCCCUGACUAGCUGGAGACACCUCAAGAUGGAGAUUGGAAUUGCCCCCUUCCAAUCUAUGCAUCUGUAUACCUGUUUGUCUUAUGAGCUUACUGUCUUUAAGAAGAUACAGGAAUUAAAUGAACCCAGAACUUUCUAGUAA